AACAACAUAAAAUAUAUUACACGAUGAGACGAAAGGCAGGCGUUGGUGCUAUUCAAAAACAAAAGCUGGAACAAGAAAAGUAUAGAGAUAAGGGAACAGAAAUUCAGGAGAAUCAAUUUGAGCAAAUGACAAAGCAAAUGGAAACCUUUCGUGUCAAUUUAGAAGAAUUUGCAACAAAGCACAAAAACGAAAUAAAAAAGAAUGCACGAUUCCGGCGACAAUUUACCGAAAUGUGUGCGUCAAUAGGUGUGGAUCCUUUGGCUUCAGGAAAAGGGUUCUGGUCUGUCCUUGGCAUAGGAGAUUUCUAUUAUGAACUAGCUGUACAAAUUGUAGAAGUUUGCAUGGCAACAAAUUACAAGAAUGGUGGACUGAUUUCAUUAGAUGAACUUAGAACAAGAUUAGUUCAAGCCAGAGGCCGUAGAAAAGAACAUCAAGAAAUAACAAAUGAAGAUCUACUAGCUGCUGCAAAGAAACUAAAAAUUUUUGGAAAUGGAUUUUCCAUUGUUCCAAUUGGUAGAGGCAAACACUUGGUACAAUCAGUCCCUGGUGAACUAAGUAUGGAUCAUACUGCUGUGUUACAGCAAGCUAGUUUAUCUGGAAAUGCGCAUAUUUCAAAGUCAAUGCUUUGCAAGGAGUUAAAGUGGGAAGCAGACCGUGCACAAAAAGCAUUAGACCACAUGGUGAAAGAAGGACUAGCAUGGUUGGAUGAACAAGGUGAAGAUGAAACAUUAUAUUGGUUUCCUAGUUUAUUCACAGCUUGUAUUGUAUCCAAAGAGUAAGCGUUUAAAUUUAUUAUAUAUAAAUAAAUAUUUAAAGAACAAAGGAUAUAUCUGUGGUAUAAAAUGUAUUUUUAAU